AACUCGGUGAUCCUGGUGUAAUGGGAUGCGGCCCCUUUAAGAGGGCCAGGGGCGGGGCCCCGACGUGAUCGCUCCCACCGCCAGGUUCCUUCAGCAAAGUGGGCCGCGCGCCGCUGCCAGCCGGACGCGGUCCCGGGCUCGGCCCGACGCCUCCUGGAGGCCGGCCGAGGGCUGUGAACCCGGGAGCUCCGCACCGCCGGUAGAUCCCGCCCAGGCGGGCUGCCCUUUACCCCGGGAGCGGCCGCGCAGGAAAAGUGGCCGGGAGGAGGCGUGGACCCCUAGGAAAGGGACGCCCCGAGGCCGACAGGGGUGCCCGGAGUUCGGGCUGCGAAGUUCAUGCUGAGCCCGCAGGCGUCCGGUUCUCCCGCGGAGGGCGAGGCCCGAGCGGGGCCUGGAGGGGCGUGGCAGCAGCGCAGAUCCUUGGCGGGGUGGGGUGGGGGGGCGUGCAGCCAGGUUCUCCGGGGCGCACGAGUGCCGAGCGGCGCUUGCUAACCCUAGGGGAGCCGGGCGGCGCUGGCUACGCGCCCGGGAGAGGCGGGGCCACACUCGGUAGGGGCGUGGGCCGGGGCGGGGCCACAACAACCUGACCGCCCGCAGGUGUCGGGCUUCCCCGGGCUCGGCGCCGGGCGGGCCCGCGCGCGGGGUGCUUUCCAGGUCGGGCCGGGGCCGAAGCCGCGCCCGUGACGUCACGGCGGGCCGGGCAGGGCUGACCCCGCGAGGAGCCUAUGGAAGCGGCCGGAGGGCCGGAGCCGCCCGCGGGGGUCCUGGUCGCGGAACCCGCGUCCCCGGCGGCCUGCCGCUUCUUCCUGGAGGGCCGCUGCCGCUUCGGCGCCCGCUGCCGCCAGCCCCACCCCGGGGCGCCGGCGCCGCCGCAGCCUAGAAGCGAGGCCGAAGAACAGGCCAAAGCCAAGAAGCCGCCGCUGCGCACGGCUGAGGCCGUCAUCCAGCGCAUCCGUUGGGACCCGCGCCUCGACCCGGCCGACUUCUCCGUGGGCUACGUGGACCGCUUCCUGGGCGUGCGCGAGGAGCCCUUCCUUUCCUUCUGCUGGGACGAGCCGCUAGCGGCGCUCGGGCCGGGCGUUUUGGCCGUGCCGCAGCACCGGGUGCGCUACUUCCGCUUCCGCGGCCGCCUGGUUUGGGACCGCGCCUCACGCACCGACCUCGUCUUUGGCUCCGGCUUGGCGGCCGGCCGUGGGCCCACCAUCCUGGACGCGCUCGACGGCGAGGACGCGCACGAAGCCGGAGGUGAGAGCGACGGCGAGGACGCGCGCCGGCACGGGGACGCGCACGGAGUCGGAGGUGAGAGCGACGGCGUGGACGUGCACCGGCCCGGGGACGUGCACGACGGCAGAGACCGGGGCGGGGACGCGCACGGGAACGGGGAUGCGAGUGACGGCGAAGAUGCCAACUCAGUCGGAGAUGCGCUCGGCGGUGAGGAUACAGACGGGACCGGAGGCGCACUGGACCGCGCAGCUGCCACCCGCCUUGGCACCAAUGCGGGGGGGCCCGUACAGCCAGCCCAGACGCGACUCCGGGCAGCCUUGGCCUCGGACGGGGGAAGCCCCGAAGCUGGGUGGCUGACGCUGGCAGGCGCAUUAGCGAGGACUCAGGAGCGGGAGUCGGCAGACCCUGGAGGCCAAGCUUCCCCGUGGAUGGCGCCAGGAAGGGCGCUGCAGCCAGCUGCCGCCACCGCCAGGGCUGUGGAGACCCGGGGAGGGAAGCCCUCGGAAGACCUCUCUGAGAUGGGAACGGAGUGGGGUCCCGGGGUCUGGCCUGUGGACCGAGGAGCGGCCGGGGCCGUGGGCCCUCGCCACCCCCGCCCCACGCACUUUGUGGCGCUCAUGGUUACGGAGCCUGAGCUGCGGGCCCAGGUGGCCAAGGUCCAGGAAGACCUGGUACGGGACGCACCAGCUUGCGCGGCCUUCACCGUGCCGGCUGAGGCCCUGCACCUGACUCUGGCCCUGCUGAGGCUGGCGGGCCCUGGGGAGGCAGCGGCCGCUGUCACUGCGCUCAGACACGCGCUCUCGGACUCCGGGCUUGCGAUCCCUCCGAGGCUGAGGUUCAGUCGCCUGGUGCGCCUGGGCUCCCACGUGCUCUGCGCUCCCCCGUCCCCACCGCUGGAGAGCCUGGCCCAGAGGCUGAGCCAGAGGCUGGAGGCCGAGGGGUUGAGAGUGCUGCAGCCCCUUGGGGGGAUACGCCCCCACCUCACCCUGGCCAAGGUGCCCCAGGGCGCCCAAGUCUGCCUCCCCGAGGUCAGCCCGUGGCAGGAGCUGGGGUGCCAGCCCCUGGGGACACUGUGGCUGUGCCGCGUGGGCAGGGCCGGGGCCACCUACCAGGCCGUGGCCGAGCUCCCCCUGGGAGGUCAACCCCAGAAAUAAGGGCCCGGCCCCAGACAAAGACAAAACGGGCACGCGGCUUCUCUCUCUCUCUCUUUAAUUUUGGUUUCUCUCAAGCUUCCAAGUGGUGCUCAGCGCUCCAAGGAAAGAAUGAAGGAAGGAAAGGGGGGGAGGGGGAGAGGGAGGCAGAGGAGGACAUCUGCAAGAGAAGCAGCCUGACAGUCCAGCUGUUCGCAACUCAUCGCGCCCUCCAGUUACAUGGCAGAAGAGGGAGGGAGACGGAAAAGAAAAGGGGAGGAAGAAAAAUAACUUAAAUAAACACACACAAAAAGAAAAGAGAAGGAAA